AUCAACCUUUGUCUGAAUUACAAAUUGGAAAAGAAGGAGGUACAAUUCAAAUUUAUGUUGCUCGCAUCUAGCACAACAUCAACUACAAACAGGCAAAUGACAUUAUCAACCUUGAUUUCCUUGCCACCGAUGAUAAGGGCAAUGCAAUUCAAGCUAUCAUCCAUAAAAUACAUAUGAAAGAAUUUGAAUCCAUCCUAAAAGAAAGACAUGUACAUAUGAAAGAAUUUGAAUCCAUCCUAAAAGAAGGACAUGUUUACUGCAUCUCUGAUUUCAAGGUGUCUAAAGCAAAAAAAAGCUACAAUGUAAUUUCAGCUCCUUGUGCCAUCACAAUCACUUCAAAAACGAAGAUUGUCAAGGCAUCAUCAUCUGCUUUAUCAUUUCAACGCCACUACUUUCAGUUUCUGGAAUUUGAACAUCUGCCACAUAGAUAUAAGAUCAACGAAACUCUCACUGAUAUCAUCAGUCUGAUCAUUUCAAUGAGCAAAGUUACUGCCAUAUAUGUCAGCAACAAAUCAACUAAAGUUUCUAAACGGAACUUGCAAUUGUAGAACAUCAAAGGCACAAUAAUUAACGCAACCCUCUGGGGAGAUCUUGCAUAUUGUGUUGUUGAUGAUAUUAUAGGACUAAAAAGCAAACCAAUCAUUAUUUUGGCUGCUAUGACAAUUGGAGAAUACCAAGGACAACCAUCUGUUGCUUCGUGUUCUGCAUCCAAAAUUUAUGUUGACUUAAAUAUUUCGAUUGUGGCAGACAUGAAAGCUAGAUUCGAUGAAAAAAAUGCACCAGUAUUACUGCUUGAUGUUCGCCAACGACCACAAAUACCACCUGAUCAACAAGAAAAUCAUAAUCGUGUGACGAUUAAGCAAUUGUUGCAAAUUGAUCACUCCAAAGCACAAACAGAGACAUACACUUGCAUUGCAACAAUCAAAGAAUUUGAAUCCACAGAAGGAUGGUAUUACAUCGGUUGCAAAAUAUGCAUGAAAACAUUGCAACAAAUAAGUGAUACUUUUUGGUGUCCAGAUGCAAAACAUGGAGAACAACUGCCUCAUCUAUGCUACAAAUUGAUCAUCACUGUUGAAGACAAUAUUCGCAACGCAACAUUUGUGGUAUUUGGUGAUGAUGGUGAAAAAGUCAUUGGUGCAUCAAUUCCUAAACUUGCAUUGCUAAACCACUUAGACAAAUAUGUCCUUCCUGAACCAAUCACCAAACUCAUUGAUCAAGAAAAGCUAUUUAGCAUAAGCUUGGUGACAAAAUCAUUGGACACUGAAAAUCUUACCUUCAGAAUCAAUAGUUGCAAAGCUGUUAAUGAAGCCCAGAAACCAACAAUGAUGCUUGGACAAUCAUCUACCUGUGAAUCUACUUUACAUUUGAAUAAAAAAAAGAGCAACCUCGAAGUCCAAGAAUGCCCUACUUCCUCACCAGAAAACCAAAUACAGCAAGACCUUUUUCCUGAAGAAUCUCCAAUAAAAAAAGUCAAAAUGAGAAACAAGAUAAACAUGGCUGAAAAUCUAUAAUCACUGCUGUGACAUAAGUUUUUGUUGCUUCAUAAACACCAUCUUACUUCUCUGAUGUUGUCCAAAAAUUGACGCUGCAUAUUUUGAAAGAAUUUGUACAGAUCAAACUUUAUCUUUUUUUUGGACAACAAAAUGUUCAGUUGUUCAUCACUGAACAUAAAACAACUUUUAUAUAUUUUGUAAUGUAUGAUAUUAUUAUAGUAAACUUCAUAAUCCUAUGUGUGAUACCCAAUGUUACCACGAAUGCAUUAGAAACAGCAAAAGCUGCUGUUGAAGAACUCUUUUAUCAUAUAAUAACAAUGAUAUAUGUUGCUCAUCUAAUACUUCCAAGUACAGAACCAAGGAUGGGAAGAAUUGAAUGUGGAAUUGUCACUAGAAUUCCUCCAAGUGAUUAUGGCUUCAUCGAAGUAACAGGCAAAUUUAGACUAGCAGCUGCAAAAUGAUUCUUCAUGAAAGGAUUGCUCACAGAAACAAAAACUACCUGGUUU